AUGGUGCAUGUCACCGCAGGGCAGCCGGCGCGGGCCCCAGAGUUAUUAAGUAUUCAGCACUGCAACACCGCGAAUAGUAGGCGGCGUAAUAUAUAUAUUGAGGAUUGGAUGGUGACAUUCGUGACGGCAUAUCAUAAGGGGUUCCAUGCCAGUAAUGAUGUCAAGAUCAUCCAUCGAUAUGUGCCGCGGGAGGUCGGGGAGUUGGUGGUGUGGUAUAUGUGGUUGGUUUUGCCGUUUGUAGGGCAGUUAGCUGCAUGGGAGGCCGCGCAGGCAGUGCAGGGAGCGGCAUCACAGGCAGCGGCAUCACAGAUGAACCAGACGAACCAGAGCAACCAGAGCAACCAGACAUCCCAGAGUAGGACCGUCGCCCACACGGCAUGGUUAUGGGGCCCUGAUCCAGGCACUGGCCGUGAAUGGUCAUCCGAGCGGUUCUGGGAGGCUUUGAAACGAGAAACACGCACCUGA